UUCAACGGCAACUUCAGUGUGGGAGUCAAGCACAUAUUUGUGGAGGGAAAAAAAGAGCUGACAGAAAGAGCGAGAGAGAGAGAGAGACAGAGAGAGAGAGCAAGCGUCGGAAGAUCGCCAAGUGCACAGCCUGUGUGGGACAAACAGACUGUGACACAUUGCCUCGUGUGUAUUUACUUAAAUGAUAGUGUGUGUGACCUCGUAGUCCACCGUGCUAACCGGGAGUUUGGCCCAUUCACGCUCGCCGGGCCUUGGUGGCUGGUCCUCGCAGGAAGCACAGGAAGAGGAGGGCUGGGUACAGUGGCAGGCCCAGCAGUGGGGGCAUGGCCAUGGGGGGGCCGCAUCUCUUCCUCCACCUUGCACCGGGACAGGAACUGGGGGUUUUGGGGUGGGGCUCCUUUCAGAGGUGCACCAAGACUCCCGGAGCUGAGGCCUUGGCUGAGCAGAGCAGCACCUGGUGUCGGGGGCUCGGGUAGUCAUAAGGAAGGGAGCGCAGCGGAGAAAGCAAGACGGGGAAGAUGUUCUCCAAGAGUCUGGCUCGUACUCGGCUCGCUGGUUCUGGUCUUUCUCACCUCGCUCUUCUUCUCCGUCUCGCUCCGGAGCGGCGUUGGCUUCAACUACCUGGAGCCGCCGGGGUGGGAGGUUUCUCGGCGGGUGAAACUGGUGCCCAGCUAUGCGGGCUCACACAAGCAGAACCCCCGUGACUCUCAGCAACAGAAAACGUGCGCCUGCUCUCGCUGUGUUGGAGACCCCGGUGUCUCGGACUGGUUCGAUGAGAACUAUGAUCCAGAUAUCUCACCUGUUUGGACCAGAGACAACAUCGAGCUGCCCUCUGAUGUCUACUACUGGUGGGUGAUGUUGCAGCCCCAGUUUAAACCCCACAGCAUCCAGCAGGUGCUCCUUCGGUUGUUCCAGGUUAUCCCUGGACGAUCUCCAUAUGGCUCAUGGGAUCCCGGACGAUGCCUUCGGUGCGCUGUAGUGGGGAACUCUGGCAACCUGCGCGGGGCUGGAUAUGGAGCGACCAUAGAUGGACACAACUACAUCAUGAGGAUCAACUUGGCCCCCACAGUGGGCUACGAGGAAGAUGCCGGUAGCCAAACCACUCACCACUUCAUGUAUCCAGAGAGCGCCAAGAACCUGGCGGCCAACGUCAGCUUUGUCCUGGUUCCUUUUAAAACACUGGAUCUCGUUUGGAUCACCAGCGCGCUGUCUACCGGCCAGAUCCGAUUCACCUACGCUCCGGUGAAGCAAUUUCUCCGUGUGGAUAAAGACAAGGUCCAAAUCUUCAACCCGGCAUUCUUUAAAUACAUUCACGAUCACUGGACCAGGCAUCAUGGCCGCUACCCAUCCACAGGCAUGCUAGUGCUCUUCUUCGCCCUACACGUCUGCGAUGAGGUGAAUGUAUUUGGCUUUGGGGCGGACGGCCGUGGAAACUGGCACCACUACUGGGAGCAGAACCGUUAUGCUGGAGAGUUCCGAAAGACGGGGGUCCACGAUGCAGACUUCGAAGCUCAGAUCAUUCAACGACUGGCUGAGGCUGGAAAAAUCACCGUUUAUCCUGGCAAAUAAGUCACUAGCCAGCCAAGCUAAGGGAAACGGGUUCAGCCAGAGAUGGUGUGUUAAACCUUUUUCAGCCAACGGCGAAGUCCUUCUAAAGGGGUUGCGAAAAGGUCACUGAUGUGUAACACCAUAUCAGAUUCAAGCCCUCUAGCUAGUAACUAAAUGUUUGGAUGUGGACCACCGCUCAAGAUAUCAAUCUGAGUGAGGCUCUGCUCAGACCGUGAUGGGGAGAGUCAAGCCUCCGGGUUUCACCUCUUGUGAUCAGCGCUGAGACUGAAAGACACAGGCUGCAUUUUGGAAUCGCAAACUUCAACUCGAGAGUGAAAAACAAAGCUGUCAAAGAAACAAUGACACUGAGUGGCCCUGAGAUUGGCACUGAAAGAGCUCAAAAGGGAUUCAUCACAUGCUGUCUUGCUCUCUAAUCCGACACCAUUUCUAUAGAUACGGAUUGCCUUGAGCAGAAAACGGCGCCAUCAAACUACUCCUGUGGACUAUUAUUCUCUAGACAGUGUUUCCAAUAGCAACAAAACGACUGAGCUGUGGAUGUUGACCAACACGCAAUGCAACACUGAAGGUGUGCAGACAGACAGGCAGACAGUAAUGACUCACCACACAUUAUGUGCCAGCGACUGACGCACACAGUGAGAUUUUCCAUUUUAGAGGCAUUACCUAGUUUGGAAAGGAAAACACUUCACUUCUUUACAAGAAUGACGACCGUGUUAUAUUAAAGUUUUUGUUCAAAUGAAUAGGUUACAUUCGGUGAUUACUUGGAGUUGAGAGAAAGAUUCUCCUGGAAUCCUGUUUCAGUGAAAGUUCCAAGAGGACAUUGUUUUGACUGCGUGUUUGGACGCUUGCACGCUGGUCUCGGAUCAGACUUUUAAUAAUCCCCAUGUGGUGUGUCACGGUCUAAUUUAAGAGCCGAAGCACGACAAAGCCAGCGGGGCACAGCAUCAUUUGGUCCGAGUUUGUGGUGUUUCGCAAGUUCUUAAGGCUCUCGGCAAACUGUGCUGCAUUUCAUCUUUUAAAGGACUGCAAACAGUCCAAACUGACUUUUGCAUCCCGGUGGAUUUAGCUCAUUCUUGAUUAGUGGCCAUUUGAUGGAUGGAAGACCAUCGGAAACCACUUGGAUGUGAAAUCGUUGAACAUGUUAGUUUCAUCUUCUGCUAGUCCUGCCUGGUACCUGCCAAUUAAACCUUCAGCUGUCUCUUCAAGAGGAGUACAGUGUCACCACACGCCUUAGCUAUCACCAUUUACCUGCAAUUCCCGUUUCGUUUUUUUUUUCUUUCUUCAUAUUCUCUUUGGCACAAUGUUUGAUUUCCAUUGUUUCAUUUUGACUGCAUUCUGUGGUUUCUAACUGUUGCUGCGCUCUCCAGUGAUGUUACUUUAUCGCUCGCUGGGUGAUCCUUGAAACAUUUUUAUUUGGUCAAAACAAGUAUCCCAUUUAAGGGUGCAUUUGGGGAAAUGCUUCAUUUUUGUCGAGGAGCUACAUAAAAAGGAUUAAUCGUACUCCCAUAACAGCCUGUUAAAUUAAUAAACCGAAUCCAAAGAAUGUUUUCUACCAAAUUGAAGUUACCAGCCCAUAGCAUUCAAAUGAUUAUGAUGAUUUUGGCUUGAGAUUUGGAGUUGGAAUACAGACAAAGGCAUAAGAAUGAUAUUAAUCACAUACCUGCUGACUGGCGAGCAGUUUAGGGUGUAUCCCACCUCUCCCCCAAAGUCAGCUGGGAUUCUAGUGAGGAUAAGCGGUACAGAAAAUGAAUGGAUACACAGCAGGCACUUUAUUAGGAACACUAUCACAACCAAGUGCAAAACAAUACAGAAGCUCCAUUCAAAUUCUGACUCCAUGACGUGAGUCAGAAAGAGCUUCCAACAACCACAAUAGAAACAUAUUGUAGAAUUAAAGCAGCUUUCAUAUCAGAACUCAUUAAAUGGUCUCCCGAACGUCAUGACUGGUGAGUGUAAAUAUUCAACACAUUACGGACAUUAGCCGCAUUUCAACAAAGAACAAAGAAACCAUGAUGAACAUCAUGCCUAAAAAAGAAAGUAACGCUGGCCAACAAAAGAUGAUUACCAUGAAGCAGUUAAAUGUUAACAGGUACACAGGCUAAAAUAACUCAAUAACUCAGCAAGUCCAUCUUAAUUUGAUUGUUUUUCAGUCAGCCUAUACCAGUUACCAGGUGGACCUUAAAAGCUGCUUUUGUCGCGCUUUUCUGUUGCCAUGACAAGGUUCUACUUUAGGCUGCCGAAAGCACCUGCAAGGACAGGAUUUAAAUCAUUCGAGGCUAGAGCCGAUGAGAAAAGACCAUUUCCAUGUGAUUUGGCAGAUUAAAAAAAAAAAAGAUAUUUUUCUACAGGAGAAAACAACACAUCAGAAGACUUAAGGAAAAAUACUUCAUACGCCUUUUCAGAUAAAAAUGAAUAAUACUAAUUUCAAUAAAAGAAUAUAGCUCAUGUUACUGAGGUUGAGGCUCCAUCUGUAACACAAGCACAUUUUAAAGGUCGGUAGAAGCUACAAAAUGUAUCAUUCAAGUUUAACUUCCAGCAUGUCCAUGUUGACUCACAAUUCAACUUUAUUUUUCAAGGAGGGGGGGUCUCAUAGACAGGGUUUGAGACACGGCCUGCUUUACUUUUCAAUCCAGCCCAGCCAUCGUUUGCAUAUUUGAUAUCAUUAAGAGUUUCAGGGGGUCAUUAAAAUCGGCAUAUUCCUUCAUUUGUUUUUAGUUUUGUAUUCAUUCUUCUAAUUAAAUAAUUGGUUAGCAUAUUUACAAUAUUCUAAACAAUAACAUUUCAAAGAUAGUAAAACUUUACAUUAUUCGAUUUUUUUUAACAUCCAUUACUUGCAUAAUUUACUACAAUUAAAUUAUAAAUAAUGUCAUUUUAAAAUGAGAAUUAAUAAUCUCAUAUUGUGUACACACAAUGUACAUUUUUUAACCUAAUCUGCAAAUGGUCUUGAUUAAAAGUCAAAUGUGCCCCUCGCAUACAAAAGUUUGCCCAUCCAUUUUAGGCUGCCCCUACCUGGUGAUGAAAAGAAUUCCUCCUUCUGUGCUAAUAUCAGCCUUAUUUACAUAUCAAUGUCUUUUAUUUUUGGAUGCUUCAAUCCUGUCUUUGAUCAAUUCUUAUCAUCUCUCUUUGCACACGACAGCUCUUAAAAGGAGAUUUUAGUUUGUUUUGCAGAGACAAGAGUGGCUGAAUAAGGACAUACAGUACAGUAGUUGCGACUCCUUGCCCACACGCAACAUUCAAGCUUCAGUGGAUUGGCUGCCACUGCCGGACAUAUCAACCCUCGAGCCACUCGCUCACGACAACCAUCUGCUAAGCUUUGCAUCUUUUUGCUUUGCACUGACUGACACACACCUGCUGUAGGUCUGCUGGCUGCGAGCUGUGCCUUCUGCGCUGUACACACUACAGUACAUACACAAACAUAUUCCGCCUUCCUGUGGUACAUGCUUUCACCCUUGCCGUCUUCCUUUUUUAUAAAGAUGGCCACAGGUUGCAGUAGGUGAUGUGUGUGAUUCAUUGCUAAUUUUUGAAUAAAUUGCUCGCAUUUACCGUCUGUCAAGAACCAUACUUUGGUAUUGCAUCUUAUACUGUAGUUGUCCAGUACUCACUCAAUAAACAAGAAGACAUAUUCAAAGAUGAGUUAUACAGUAUCUCUAGUCAUAAAUUGGUUCCUGGUUCCAAUUUUUCUUGGUAGUAUCCUUAUAUAUACAAUGAGGAUGUCAAAAGUCAACACUCCCCUCCUAUGUACUAUGUCAAAAAUGAGAGCAAAACUAAGCAAGGGAAAAAAUAUAUACCGGUAAUAAAAUUGAAAGCCUAAAUAUAUUUAGUUGCCAAACUAUUUUUGAAUUACACAUGAUUCAUUUUCACAACUGUCAUCUUUUGGGUAUCUAUAAGGCACAAACUUGGUUGUAUUUGAUCAUUCUUUUACUGGAAAGGUGCUCCAUAUAAAUCGCAUGCAUGUAUGCGAUGGCAUCCCUUGGGCUCAGUCAUUCCCACAGGUUUUUUUAUUUUAAUGAGGUCUCAACUCUGGCAAAACGAGCCCAUUAAGUCAUAAAAGGCUUCAUACUUGCUCUUAUUCUGUGAAGAAAAUCAGAGAUUGUUUUCAUAGGUAUUUUGGGCUUCCAGCACGCCCGACAUUUUAAACAAAUUUCAUCUUGUAUGUAGGUUGAGAGGGCCUCUGCCUUGAUACAUGUAAAUGUGGUAAAGCUCUUAAUAACUCACAUUUUAAUUUUGUCCUUUAAUUAAUUUAGUUAAUUUAAUUAAGAGCCACUUUAAUUAAUAUGACUAGCUAUUCGAAUCACCCACCCUCCCGAAAAAGUAAUUUCAAAACAUAACUUUAAAAGAGAUUGUUUUAAUCUUAACACUGAUAAUUCCCACCAACACGAUUGUAAUGGUUUGGGUCCAAUACAAUUUUUUUUUUCAAACUGAAUCAUUGAGGCAUUUUUCAUAUUAUCUUCUAUAUUUUCCAUUUUUAUUGUCAUUGACUCAGCACACAUUUUUCCAGGGAUGGCAAUUUUUAUAUCCACUGUAUGACACUGUGUUAUUAAUAUUAAUAUUCAUCAUUUGUUUCCCAUGAUGCAACUUCUAGCUUCGAAGAUUAUUUAUGUGUCUCAAGCACCAGACUAACAUUUCUAUGACAUUGUUGCUCUUUGUAUGGAAUUGAUUUUCUUUGUUUCCCAUGAUGAAAAAGGUCGGGACAGGCUGUUACGAGCAAAAACAGCCAACUAUUAUUAUGAUAAUCAUGAUUGUGAUUAUUAUUAUUAUUAUUGUUGUUGUUGCUUUUAAAAUAUGGCAACAAGUAGAUAGGACAUCUAAUGUAGGGCUCUGUGGAAGUCUGAGCAAGACUAUGUUUUGACUAACUAGUUUUGUUAUUUCACUUUGGUGAUUAUGUUAAGGUUAGAACAAAACACACGAGUUGUUUGAGUAAAAAUGGACAGUUCCGAUACAGUAUGUCCUCGUGUAUUAUUGGGUUUUUCAAAAACAAAACAAAACA